GCUGGUGGUGCGGUGUGGCUCGGGCGAGGCUGGGCGAGGACCAGGGACGGGCAGCGUGAGGGCAGGAGGUUUUGUGAAUGAAGCAAUGGCUACAGACUCCCCCAGAAGACCCAGUCGUUGUACUGGUGGAGCUGUGGUUCGCCCUCAGGCUGUCACGGAGCAGUCCUACAUGGAAAGUGUAGUGACUUUUCUGCAAGAUGUUGUGCCUCAGGCUUACAGUGGAACACCUCUAACAGAAGAAAAGGAGAAAAUAGUCUGGGUCAGAUUUGAAAAUGCAGAUUUAAAUGAUACAUCAAGAAAUCUGGAGUUUCAUGAAAUUCAUAGCACAGGGAAUGAGCCGCCUUUGCUGAUUAUGAUUGGCUACAGUGAUGGAAUGCAGGUCUGGAGCAUCCCUGUAAGUAUGAAGAUGCCGACUCCCUGAAAUAUAAACCUUUGCAGCAUGCUAGUUGGUGGCCAUAUUUUUUCUGUGGACUCCUCCAUUUAUUUUGCAAGCAGUUGCGCAGAGACUGCUUUGUGUGGAACCCCAUAGGAGGCUCAAAGAGUAAAGGGCAAGUGGGAACUGAACCAUGUGGUAAAUGGUUUGUAAAGUAGGCCAGAAAUUGUGGGGAUCACUUUACAUGAAAGAUCUCACUUCUCAUCAUGGUAACCCUACGAAGUAGGUAUUGUUAUUCUCUUUUCCUGCAAUUUU